AUGUUGGUGUAUAAAAAUCAGGAGGAGGCAACAGUAGCUUGGAACGAGGUUGGGUGUAUGUACGAUCUUGUUUUUGCUCUGAGAAUGGCGAACGAAGAAGACCGCAAAAUAUCUACGUACGAGACAUAUGUAUCGAGUCCCAACGAACGCACAGUACUUAUUGUGAGACCUAGACAAGAAACAUGGCAAGAACAAUUUGGAAUGACGGAACUAAAAUCACUUAACUUUUGGAAGUCCAUUUUGGCAGAAUUUGUCCUAACUUUACUUUUCAUUUUGGUAUCGUGUGGAUGUACCUUAACAUCAAAAACUAGUUUACACCAAGGGAUAUGUGUUGGUUAUCUUGUAUCAGUUUUAAUAGCUGUCAGUUUAGAGCAAAGUGGUUAUUUUAAUCCAGCUAUUUCUUUUGGUUUGCUAGUUGCUAGGACAAUAAAAGUAACGAGAUUUUUGUUUUAUGUGGCUGCUCAGAUUGCCGGAGGUCUUUCCGGCGCUGGUCUAUUGUACCUGUACACACCACGCGAAGUUCGUCAACAUAUUGGUGUUCUUUCAUUAAAUCCAUUGAUUUCUGAUGGAAUCGGUUUCGUGAUCGAGAUGACGCUGACUUUCUUACUGAUGUGGACAGUGCUAGCGACGAGAGAUCGGAAAAACGGAUACAUCGGCUUCCAAGCUCCACUUGCGAUUGGUUUUUCAGUUACCGUUGGAAUCAUGCUAGGAUUGCCGUUCACGGGCGCAGCAAUGAAUCCUGUGAGAGCAUUUGCACCAGGAAUUAUCAUGAAUCAACUAUCCAAUCACUGGGUUUACUGGGUUGGACCGUUGGUUGGAGCAUUGCUGGGGUCCCUGUCGUACGAAUUUGUUUUUAAACUAGAGAAUGACGACAGCAAAAGAGAUAUUCCAACUGUCCAAUUGAAUUUCAACUCUACCACUUCAAAUUUGUAAUCAUUAACUUCCUGCUGUGAAAUGCAAGUCUGAAAUUCAAAAUCUAAUACCGUCAAUGACCUAUUCUCUGAGCAUAAAAGAAGUAGCGAUUGCUUUUUUUCUAUUGUUUUUAUUUCCAGAUUUUUUAUAUAUAAUUUAUACUGCAAUUUUUAUAUACAUUUAAAAUAUAAAACACGAACUAUGCCUUUUCUCCUUUCCUUUUUUAUUUAAGGGGUUUGAAUAUACUGAAAUAUUCUUCUCGCUUAACCAAGAUUAUAAAUUUAUUAUAGAGCGUGUGCGUUCAGCGCAAAAGGCCGCGCGUUUAGAAACCACCAAAUCAUAGCGGCAACAAUCCUUACUGUCUUUCUGAGUAGCGCUCGGCGUAAUGAUAGAAAUAGUUUUUUACCCAGUUGUUUUAUUUCCAUGCUUGCAUCUGUUGUUGUUUUUAAAAUGGAAACUUUAAAUGCACGUUAUUGUUAGUAGUUCUAACAGGGAUUGAAUAGGUCGUCGAGGAUGAUACUUUGGAGCGAGAAUUAGAGUUAAUUUGUGGUUUACACCUUUACAGUAUUAAACCGUUACAUGGUGGAUCUCAAAAAUGAAUGAUUGAUAGAAUGUCUUCGUAUAGAUUGUGUAGAUUUAAUAAUAUGGAUAUUA